GAAAAUGUAGUACUAAUACUAACUAAAAUAUGAGAGGAGAAGUGGAGGGGAAGGAAUCGUUUUGUUGGACUGACAUAAUCUGGCAUAUUUCAGGUUCGCCGGAAUUGCCUAAACCUCGACAACUCCGGCGGCGUUGCUGACUGACCGUCAGUUUCAAUGUCAAAUUAUUAUUACGUUAAACCUUACUCCUGCUAGGAAUCUCUAAAGUCCUCAAAAACCUUCACUGACAUCAUCUUGUCUCAGUAUAAUGUGCCAACAUCUGUAAGUUCAAAAUGACCUAUCUCCACGAAUUCCCACCCAAACUACAAAUAAUAGUUUCGUAGGUUAAUGCUUUGUAUUUUAUCCGAUGAACAGACGGAAGCUCAACUCGAUUUUUUUGAAGUUCAACUUCCCCCAACACUGGCAGAGCAGUUGGGCUGUUGGAAGGCUUGGAGAAGUUCGUGGCUUCACUGCUUCUCCUGAUGGGUAUUCAGCGCAUUCAACUACAAAUCACCUGCAGGAGCGAAUAGUUGAUGCUCUUUGUCUUGGACAGAAAGAUAAAGCUUCUAGAUUGCUAUCAGAGCUAAGGCACACAAGGGAAUCAUUGGAUGCCAGUAAUUUUGCUCCCAUUCUUCAAUGCUGUGCAAGAUUGCCAGAUCCACUGUUUGCGAUGAUGACAUGGAAGUUCAUGGAGGAAAAGAAGAUUUAUGCAGGUGGCAAAUGCUACUUCUAUACUAUUCGAGCAUUGUGCAAGGGAGGUUAUCUGAAAGAGGCAUUCAAUCUAAUUAGCGUGCUGCGAGAGAAUCCUGAUAUGUACCCCCUUUUGACGGUGUGUAAUGAUUUCCUUAGUUUUUGUGACCAAAAUCAUACAAUAAACUAUGUCAAGGACUGCCUAGACUUCAUGGAUCACCAGAUGGUGGGCAAGAAUGAACUGACGUAUUCUCUGCUCCUCAAGCUUGCAGUUGCACAGCAAAAUCUACCUGCAGUGCAUGAAAUAUGGAAGGAGUGUGUUCAGUACUAUAGGUUAAACCUCAUUUCGAUGAGGAAGUUUAUAUGGUCAUUCACAAAGUUGAAAGAUCUGGAUUCUGCUUAUGAGACCUUGCAGCACAUGGUGAAUUUGGCUUUCCAAAGAAACUCUGUAGUCUCUAGAACUGCUGGAGGAAAAAUUAUCAUUCCCCAGUUGGACAUACCAAUUCCGUCCUAUAGCGAUUCGACACUGCAGAGUUAUACUAAGAAUAAUGGCAUACUGCCAUCUGUCUUUGACUAUCAAGAGAGAAUGGAUGUAAAUAGAAGUAAUGGCUUGUGUAAUUUUAGUCAUCUGAUGGAAACCUAUGAUCAUACAAGUAGCAGAGUUGUGCCUGCAAAACAUGUAAAUGUCUCUGUUAGAAAGCUUCUCAGAUGGUCUUUCAAUGAUGUUAUACAUGCUUGUGUAAAGGUGCAAAACUGUGCAUUGGCUGAGCAGUUAAUGUCUCAGAUGCAAACUCUCGGAGUGAAACCCUCCUCAGGUACAUAUGAUGGCUUCUUAAGAGCAGUUGUAACUUCAAGAGGUUUCUACGAUGGCAUGAAAGUGCUGGAAGUCAUGCAACAGAAAAAGCUGAAGCCUCAUGAUUCAACUCUUGCUGCUAUGGCCGUCGGCUGCUGCAAAGCCUUGCAACUGGAUUUGGCUGAGGGCUUUCUGGAUCAAAUAUCAAAUUGUUCAAGUCCUCAUCCUUACAAUGCCUUUCUGGAAGCAUGUGAUACUCUAGAUUGCCCUGAACGUGCUAUCCAGAUGUUGGCGAAAAUGAAAAAAAUGAAUAUCCAGCUAGAUAUCAGGACUUAUGAGCUGCUUUUUUCAUUGUUUGGUAAUGUGAAUCCACCUUAUGAGGAGGGAAAUCUUUUGUCACGGUUAGAUGUUGCGAGAAGAGUACAUGCUAUAGAAAUGGAUAUGAUGAAGAAUGGCAUUCAACAUAGCCAUGUAUCACUCAAGAAUAUGCUAAAUGCGCUUGGAUUGGAGGGGAUGAUAACAGAGCUUGUCCAAUUAUUGCGUGAUGCAGAGAAACCAUUUUCUAGUGCUUACAGAUUUCUGGGGACUCCCAUCUAUAAUAUAGUCUUGCAUUCUCUUGUUAAGGCCAAUGAAACUCGGAUGGCGGUAGAAACAUUCAAAACCAUGAAAUCAUGGAAAGUUCCCCCCGAUGCUGCUACAUACAGCAUCAUGAUUUAUUCUUGCUGCGAUAUGAAAUGCUUACUAUCUGCUCAUGCACUUGUCUCGAUGAUGAUCCGGGAUGGUUUCCCUUUAGCGACAGUUACUUACACCAGUCUCAUUAAGAUCUUGUUGAAACUUGAAGACUUUGAUGAAGCUCUGAAGUUGCUUAGUCAAAUGAAGUUGGAGGGAGUCGAGCCUGAUUUAAUCCUGUACAACACUUUUCUUCAGGUGACAUCUGAAAAGGGAAAACUUGAUGUGCUCGAGCUUAUUGUUGAGCAGAUGCACCAAGAAAAGAUCCAGCCAGAUCCAUGUACCUGCCACCAUGUUUUCUCUGCAUAUGUAGUCCAAGGUUUUCACAGCACUGCAAUGGAAGCAUUGCAGGUUCUCAGCAUGCGGAUGAUUUCGGAGGAUGAUGAAAUUAUGGAAGAAAAAAAGACUGAAUAUCAAAAUCUGAUUGUUUCGGAUAGCGUGGAAUGUGAAACACAAAUUAUGGAGCUCUUCAAAGAGUCCAUGGAUUAUCUUCCAAUUGCCCUGCUCCACUUGAGAUGGUGUGCCAUGCUAGGACAAACGAUAUCUUGGUCACCUAAUCAGAGUCCAUGGGCUAAGAGACUUUCUCAUAAUUAUGCUUCUGGGACUGCUCCUGAUUUGCGUACUGGAAGAUGACUCAAGUGGCAGUGGCUGUGGCAGUCAAAAGGAAGUUGCUGGAUAAACAGAUUUCUGGUUGCAAUCAACUACUGUCACUGCCGAUAUAUCCAGUUAGUCAAUGAAUGCUGCAAGUAGGGGUGUUCAAAAAAACCAGCACCGAUUAACCGAACCACCGAGCCGAUUAAAUUGGUUAAUUGGUUAAUAGGUUCCGGUUAAACGAUUUUUUGUCGGUUAAUUGGUUCGAUUUUCGGUUUUACUUAAACCUUUCUCGGUUAAACCGAAUAACCGAUUAUAAAAAUUAAAAUUGAUAAAUUUAGAAAAAUUUUAUAUGUUUCAUAUUUCUAUGUCAUUAAUUUUUUUUCAUUUUGUCAAAUUAUUUUACUAAAAAAUUUUGUUGUAAUAACAUGUUUUUUUGUUGAAUAGAAUAUUAUAAAAAAGAAAGGUUUUGAUUGUUUU